AAAGCAAUCUCUUUACUUGCAAAUUUGAAAACAGGAGUGCACAGUGCCCAUGAACAGAUUAUUGCCGGGCGCAUCUGUCAUAAGUGAAAGUUUAUAUGCCUUUUUGACGAUCUAACUUGGUGGGGGGUGAAUGCGGUAGCAAGCCGGGCCCUUCCCACUAUCUAGACUGCACAAGAGAGAAGAGGCAAAGUGGAGAUGAGACGGCAGAUCAAGACUGCAUAAAUGAAUUGAUGUCCUGAGAGCAGCAACCGGCAGAUCCCACCAUAUGUCUUAGGAUCCCCCCGGGCUAACGCAAAGCGUGCCAGAAAUGGCAAAGCAGGAGAUGGAAUGUCAACCUUCUGAGAUAAUGGAUGAUGACAGUGAGGCACUGUGGGAAAAUGUUGAGAGCAACCGACACGUUUUGACACGUUACAUUAACCCUAACAAGCUGACCCCAUAUCUACGGCAGUGCAAGGUCAUUGAUGAGCAAGAUGAGGAUGAGGUGCUUAACUCCCCCAUGCUUGUAUCCAAGAUUAACAGAUCAGGCCGUCUACUGGACAUUUUACAUUCUAAAGGUCAAAGAGGCUAUGUGGUUUUCCUUGAAAGCCUGGAGUUUUACUAUCCUGAUCUCUACAGACUUGUAACAGGAAAAGAGCCUACGCGAAGAUUCUCAACAAUUGUGGUGGAGGAAGGUCAUGAGGGUCUGACACAAUUCUUGAUGAAUGAAGUGAUCAAAUUGCAGCAGCAAGCAAAGGCCAAGGAAGCAAUGCGUGUUGAACUACUGGCAAAGCAGCGGACCUUGGACGAUGACCACAAGAAGAUGCGAACCCUCAAACAGGAACUUGUCGCUAUUCAGGAGCGCUUCAACAAGAUGAAGGAAGAAAGAACCAACUACUGUGAUGAGCUUUCAAAGGUCAAAGAUGACAACUACAAUCUUGCGAUGCGUUUUGCUCAGCUGAGUGAGGAGAAGAACAUGGCUGUCAUGCGGAGCCGUGAUCUACAGCUACAGAUUGACCAGUUGAACCACAAACUGAAUAAGGUGGAGGAAGAAUGUAAAAUGGAAAGGAAACAGUCCCUAAAACUCAAAAAUGAUAUUGAGAACAGGCCCAGGAAAGAGCAGGUUCUGGAGUUGGAGCGAGAAAAUGAAGUGCUGAAGAUGAAGAUCCAAGAGCUUCAGUCCAUUAUACAGCCUGGAAAACAGAUCCUUCCAGAAUCCGAGAAAGCCAUCCUGGAUAUCCUGGAACAUGACCGUCAAGAGGCUCUAGAAGACCGCCAGGAGCUUGUGAACCGACUGUAUAAUUUACACGAAGAGGUCCGACAGGCAGAAGAGCUGAGGGACAAAUAUUUGGAGGAAAAGGAAGAGCUGGAGCUGAAAUGUUCAACCUUGGUAAAAGACUGUGAAAUGUACAAAAACCGCAUGAAUACCAUCAUGAUCCAGUUGGAAGAGGUUGAAAAAGAACGUGACCAGGCCUUCCGUUCCCGAGACGAUGCCCAGACGCUAUAUUCCCAGUGCCUGGUUGAUAAAGACAAAUACCGCAAGCAGAUCCGGGAGCUGGAAGAGAAAAGUGAUGAACUACAUAUUGAGAUUGUCAGGAAAGAGGCAAAAAUUGUCAACUUGGAGUGUAAACUUAGACGCAUGUCGAAGGACACAAACUGUCUGGAUCAGAGUUUACCUAGAAAUAUCCCUCCAACAGUCAUAUCACAGGUAUUUGGUCAGCCAAAUGCAAAGACUAAUGGCCAAGAAAUAGCUGAAGAUGAUUCCGAUGAAGAUUUGGCUGAAAAUGAAUUUUUCACAAGUGAGCCUUCGCCAUUGAAGCGCAGACCAAACUUGAAGGGAUUGGUGAUCAGGUCAAAAUCUCCAAUUAACGCUAUGAAGCCACCUGACUUUCAAGCUGCAACCUCUUCCAUAAGCAUGAAUGGGGAUUUGUCAGAUGUAGCCAGUCCUGGAGUGGACACAAUCUCUUCCAAUACGACCACCUUCAGUAAUUCCUCCAGCUCUGUCAAUGGCUUUGAAGUACUUAACAAACUUGCAUCGAGGUUUCGAAACGACAGCAUCAUGUCCACUAUACCCGAACCUCCUGGCAAUGACUCCAUUGUAAGACGCAAUAAGGAAGGUGACCACGAUACCUUGCCAAGAAGCUUUUUGGAUACUGAUGGAGACAGCGGAGAUAACAUCGACUCCUUUUAUGAUGAAGAACAUGACAGAAUUUCCUGUGGACCAGCAUCAAUUCACUCCUCUUCCUCCUCACAUCAGUCUGAAGGCCUUGAUUCCUACGACAUGGAGCAAAUGAAUAGCAUUUUUCGGAAAUUUUCACUUGAAAGACCAUUCCGUCCUUCAGUGACUUCAUUCAGUCGCUUCAGCAACACGAUGAGACCAGUCCAGGAGGUCACGCUGCUUGGAGACAACCUGCUGUCAGAAGUCACUUUAGUGGGAGGGAAUGACAGCGGCAUAUUCAUUUCUUCUGUUCAGCCUGGCUCGAGUGCCGACAGAGCAGGUCUGAAAGAAGGCAUUCACAUCCUAAUGCUUGAAGGUCACAUCAAGGGAGAAGUCCAGCAGAUUCUUCUGGACAACAGCACAAAGGAAGAGGCACAUUGGACACUGCAGAGGUGUACUGGACCAGUCACACUCCACUAUAAAUCAAACUGUGAUGGUUACAGAAAACUCUUAAGAGACUUGGCAGAUGGCACAACGACAUCUGGAGACUCCUUCUAUGUGCGCUUAAACCUCAACAUCUCUGGCCAUUUGGACAGCAGCUCUCUAAACCUGAAGUGCGAUGAGAUUGUGCACAUUCUUGACACCAUGUACCAAGGAAAAUGUGAAUGGCUGUGUGCCCGAGUGGAUCCAUUCAACGAUAAAGACCUGGAAAAAGGGCUGAUCCCCAGCUACAGCAGGGCGCAGCAAUUGCUUCUGGUGAAAAUCCAAAAGUUAAUGUACAGAGGGAGCAGAGAUGAAUCGGACAAUCAAUACAGCACACUACGCGGGCUCCGAAACACACUACAACCAGAAGAACCAGCUCCUCAGGCAGACCCAAAAUCCAGCCCACGUCUGUCCAGAGCAAGUUUCUUCAUUGGGCAGCUGUUGCAGUUUGUUAGCAGGGCUGAAAACAAAUAUAAGCGGAUGAACAGCAGUGAGAAGGUGAGGAUUGUUAGUGCACUGCCCUCCACGCUUCCACGGUCCAGCUUUGAACCCACAAAACAAGAGGAUUUGGACAAUUAUAACGAACUGAACAAGGCCCUCAAUCUCAUCCCUUACAGCUUGGUCACGCCAUAUCACUGCCAGCGUAAGCGACCAGUCCUUUUCUUUCCAACCUCUCUUGCCAAGACCCUAGUGCAAAAACUUCUCAAUUCCGGAGGAGCCAUGGAGUUCAACAUGUGUAAACCAGAUAUCUUAACACGGGAAGAGUUCCUCCAGAAGCAAAAGAUUGAGCCUCUGGUGUUCUCCAAGGAAAGGAAUUCUAACACAUUUGAAUGCAUCACAGCAGACCACAUCGAGGCUGUUGCUUCCAAGAAUAAACAUUGUUUGUUAGAAGCAGGCUUGAGCUGCACCAAAGAUCUCAUCAAGAGAGAAAUUUAUCCUAUCAUUAUCUACAUCAAAGUCUCUGAGAAAAAUGUCAAGAAAUUCAGGAAGCUGCCUUUAAGACUGGAUUCUGAAGAUGAAUUUUUGAAAAUCUGUCGCUCAAAAGAAAAGGAGUUAGAAGCUCUGCCAUGCCUCUAUGCUUCUGUAGAGAUAGACAUGUGGAGUAAUAUUGAAGACCUGCUGAAGGUGAUCAAGGAGAAGAUCCUAGACGAACAGAAGAAGACCAUCUGGAUUGAACAGGAUCAGCUGUGAUGUCUCAAAGCAAAUCCUUUUUUUUUUUUUUUUUUUUGCACUUGCAAGUUUAUUGAGAGACACCACACUCAACCACAUGAGCCUCCAGGGACUUAGGAGCGUAGAUCUUGUGAGACAGUGAUGGCUGUACGCAGCUUAUACAGGGCACGAUCAGCUUGAUGCCAUUCAAGUAGCAGAAAGCAUCCAUUCAUUAUGCUCUGUUGUGUGCAAAACGUUAAAAACAAAUGGUGUGAUGCAUUAGAUCACAAACCUGUAAAAGGAAUCCAUAUGUAAAAGAAAGAAAAACUGAUGAAAGAAGCUGGAAAGUGCCAUACAGCACCAUACUCUCGUCUAACAUGUUUGCCGUUUCACAGUUUAAGCAGCAUUUACUUUACCGUGCAAUAUUCCUACAAGAUUAAACAAGUGCGCCACUAACUGUUAAGGCCUUGUGUGAGCCACAAUGGAUGAUAGCACAAACAACGGCAGC